CCGCCAUCCUUUAGCCCUUUUCCCCCAAAUUUCGGCGGCCGCUUGCUCCGACGAUGUCUUCUCAGUCGAUGAUCGACACCCACCGCGAGGGCGCCGAGGUCUUUCACGGCGCCGAGAUCUGCAAGAAGCAGUCGAUGAGUCUGCUCGAGGAGCUCCACCUCCCGCGCGGCCUCCUCCCGCUCGCCUCCAUGGAGGAGGUGGGCUACAACCGCGCCACCGGCUUCGUGUGGUUGCGACAGGCGAAGCCCACCACGCACGUGUUCAAGGCGAUCGGUAGGACGGUGUCGUACGCGGCGGAGGUGACGGCGUUCGUGGAGGAACGCCGGAUGAAGCGGAUGACCGGCGUCAAGAGCCGCGAGUUCCUCAUCUGGGUCUCCCUCUCCGACAUGUACAUCGACAACCCGGAGUCGAAGCGGAUCACUUUCAAGACCUCCGCCGGCCUCGGGCGGUCCUUUCCUGCGUCCGCGUUCGAGGAGCCUGAGGACGAAGCAGCGGAGAAGGAGGCCGAGGCGAAAAAAGGCAACGACGAAAGUAAGUGAGAAGGUCAGGCUCCGGCUCGCCUCCAUCGGCGGCGGCCAACGGAAGUCAAAAAUUGUAGCUUGGCGACAAAAUAAAUGUUUUAUGGCUAUGUAUUCUUCUAAGUGUGAGGAGAGAGGAGUAUGCUAUCCCCUUUCUCUAUGAUAUAUAAUAAUGCAUAUAUUUUUUAUCUCAA